CCCCUUCCUUCGAAACAAAUUCCAAAGAACCCUAGCAAUCCACCCCCGUCCUUCCUCUCGCCUCCUCCCUCCGUCACAUCUCCACCACGCUACGUCGCCUCUUCCCUUUUCUUCACCGGUUGUCCUUCGUCUCUAUCACGCUUCUCUCCAACAUCGUUCUCCAACUUGGAUCAUGUUCAUGGCAAGCAUCGGAACAUCAAUCGGAAAUUGAUUUACAGUUUGUUGCUAUAUUGCAUUAAGAAACAUGGACUCAGACUUGCAUUCUCCUUCAAAUAGUGCUGGAGCUAAAGCCGCAUUUCAUAAGCCUUCCAAUGAUCCUUCAAACAGAAAAUAUCGACGUAGGUCUCCAGUGAGCGGCUCUUCUUCAUCCGAUGGGGAGCCUGUUCGUGAGCGUAGUUCUACCCCUGCCCGUUCCUGGGAUGACAAUGCUAAACACAACGAUAACCGCCAAAGGAAGGAUGACAGGAGGGACAUUGAUAGGGAUCAGAAAAGAAGCCGUUACAGCAGGGAUGGUGGUUCUAACAGAAAUGCUGAUCGAAGAUCUUAUAAUGAUCGUAGGCAUGAUGAUUAUAAAAGACGUGAAAAGUAUGCAGAGGAAGAUCAGAAGAACUUCCAUAAGUCAUCCCCACGUACAAAGAGUGGCAGUGGCAGUCAUGGCAGCUAUAGUGAUCAUGCUAGAAGAGAAUUUGAGCAAAACAGAUCAAGAGAUAAUGUCGAUAAGCACUCCCGAGAUAGAUCAGAUGGUUCAGGACAUAGAAGUAGGGACAGGGAUAGAGAGGCCUCAUCGCUUGAGUAUCAGAAGAAGUAUAAGGAUUCAUCAUCUGACAGAGGUGGAUCUGGUAAGAGGCAGACCAACUUCAAAGCAGAAGAAGUCAGGUCUGGGGAAGGGGAUAAGCAUAAAAAGGAUGAUGCCAGGGAGGAAAAAAGAGACUACCCAAGGACUUUGAAGGAUGGGAAAAGUGAAUCCUUAUCUACCCAUGAGGAGCCCAGGGGCCAUCGAUCUGGACAUCAUCAUAAAGACACUUCCUGGAGGGAUUCUAAGGAGCUGGAUGACCCCAAAUACACAAGGGAUGGGAAGGGAAAGUCUUAUGAUCAGGAGCCUAGGGGACUAAAGGACCGACAUUUUAAGGAACCUAGAGAGCUGCUUGAUGAUAAAAAAGUUUUAGCUACAAAGAAGUCAAAGUUUAGCAUGGAUAAAGAUACCGAGUAUAGCAAGGAUGCUAUAAAGCAUGCAACUAUAUCCAAUGAAGUCCAGUCUUCAAGUUUAAAACAAGGUCAGAACUUUGUUGGUAAAGCUAAUGCAGAGCAAGACUGUGUGAAAGAGUCUGAUAUAGAUGCUGCAAAAAUAGCUGCAAUGAAGGCUGCAGAACUAGGCGUUCGUUUGCAUCACAAUAAUUUAGUUUAUCCAAGUGAUCACGUGAAUAGAAACCUGAUUGGAACCGGGUUUAUGUCAACUGACCAAAAGAAGAAGCUGUUAUGGGGGAGUAAAAAGAGCACCGCUACUGAAGAGGCUGCUCAUCGGUGGGAUACAUCCAUGUUCUCUGAUCGUGAACGACAAGAGAAGUUUAACAAACUCAUGGGUGUGAAAGGGGUGGAGCAGAAACCAGAGGUGACCCAGAACACCAAUCUUGCCGAAAAGCAGAAAGAGCUUCAGAUGGACUUGGAGAAGCAGUACACGGCAGGCCUUCGUCGCAGAGAUGGGCGAACUGUUGGUUUAGGGCUUUGAAGAUGAUUAGGUAUCGAAACGAGUAUCAGAGUCUGUUGUACUUAUGCACCUGUCACAUGUUUUAUGCGAUUAAACUAUGUUACCGUUUGAAGAUUCUG